GGUGAGAGAGGAUGAGAGAGAAGGCUGGUUGUCACGGGGGAGGGACGAUGCCACAAGCUAGGCUGCUCCAAACCCUCUGCAUGUAAGUGGCAAUGAGAAAGAGCAUCUUUUUGGCUGAAAGGAGACAUGUAGAAAGGAUGCUUCUGAUUUUUUGUUUUCAUUUAUUUUUGUCUUCACAGAAUAUAAUCAAAUGAGGCACCUUAGCCAGCCCGGGUGAUUGCUUCGAGUCUUGUAAUCAUCUAUGUAGCAAAGUGGGUAAAAAUUAUUCAAUUUCUUCCCUGCUGGACCUGGAAGGAGAGGGGCUGUGUGUUCAUCCCCACCCAUUAGCUAUGCCCUCUUUUCUCUGAAUGUCGAUUUAAGGAAGCAAGCACCUGUCUUCUGCCACCGCAUCUUCCUAGCAAACUUUAAAGGCCAUUUUAUCUGAUAGGAAGAACAUCAAGAAUGCUUUGAUCGCUAGUGAUGAAGAAUCUGGGAGUGGACACUUUCCCCAUCCAGCUACAAUGCACUUUAAUUGAAGAAAAACUGAGCUGAACUACAAGUCUAUUUCUUAUGGUGCUGGAUUACUCCUACAGAGCUGCCCUGAGAUCAGCCGCGGGAGAGGGCUCUGGCAGACACAAGUCACCUUCUGAAUAUUGCACUUAGCUGUCCCUGGGGACUUAAAUUUUGGAAGUGUUCCUUGUUACAUGAAAUCCUCCAAGAUGAUGAGUUCUAAUCCCGAGGAAGACCCUUUGGACACAUUCCUCCAGUAUAUCGAGGAUAUGGGGAUGAAAGCAUAUGAUGGCUUGGUGAUUCAGAACGCAUCAGACAUCGCGCGAGAGAAUGAUCGCUUGAGAAAUGAAACAAACCUGGCCUACUUGAAGGAGAAGAAUGAAAAACGCCGAAGACAAGAGGAAGCAAUAAAACGCAUCGGUGGAGACGUGGGGCGAGGCCACGAGGGCAGUUACGUGGGCAAACACUUCCGCAUGGGAUUCAUGACGAUGCCCGCUCCGCAGGACAGGCUCGCGCAUCCUUGCUCCGGCGGCUUCUCCGUCAGGUCGCAGUCGCUGCACUCGGUCGGGGGCACCGACGACGACAGCAGCUGUGGCUCCCGGAGACAGCCACCGCCCAAGCCCAAGCGGGACCCCAGCACCAAGCUGAGCACGUCGUCGGAGACGGUCAACAGCACAGCGGCCAGUAAGAGCGGGAAAGGCGCCGAGCGGACCGAAGUGACAACCAAACCAAGACCCCACAGCGAUGAAUAUUCAAAGAAGAUUCCUCCUCCCAAACCGAAAAGAAACCCAAACACUCAGCUCAGCACAUCGUUUGACGAGACGUAUAUCAAAAAGCACGGGCCCCGGAGGACGUCGCUCCCGCGGGACUCCUCCCUCUCCCAGGUCGGCAGCCCCGCGGGGGACCCCGAGGAGGAGGAGCCCGUGUACAUUGAGAUGGUGGGGAACAUUCUCAGAGACUUCAGGAAGGACGAUGACGACCAGAGUGAGGCCGUCUACGAGGAAAUGAAAUACCCCAUUUUUGACGAUUUAGGCCAAGACUCAAAAUGUGACCUCGACCAUCACAGCUGUUCUUCGCAGUGUGCUACUCCCACGGUGCCUGACUUGGACUUCGCCAAGGCCUCAGUGCCAUGUACUCCCAAGGGUUUGCUCUGUGACAUCCCCCCGCCCUUCCCCAACCUGCUUUCCCAUCGCCCCCCGCUGCUGGUCUUCCCCCCGGCUCCUGUGCAGUGCUCCCCCAACUCCGACGAGUCUCCGCUCACCCCGCUGGAGGUCACAAAGCUUCCCGUGCUGGAGAACGUGUCUUACAUGAAGCAGCAGGCCGGGGCAUCUCCAUCCGCCUUGCCGUCCCACGCCUCCGGCCACCCUAAACCGGAGAAAGACCAGGCCGGAGCCCUGGGACCGGGUCCUGCCGCCUCCGUGCUCUCCUCGUCCCCUCCGCCGCCUUCCACUCUGUACCGAACGCAGUCUCCCCACGGCUACCCCAAAAGUCACUCCGCCUCCCCCUCACCUGUCAGCAUGGGGCGGUCGCUGACCCCGCUCAGCCUCAAAAGGCCUCCGCCCUACGACGCCGUGCAUUCGGGCAGCCUCUCCAGGAGCUCUCCAUCAGUGCCUCAUUCGACCCCCAGACCGGUGUCGCAAGAUGGGAGCAAGAUGGUCAAUGCUUCGGUGAAUACCUACGGGUCGGCUCCGAGCGGCUCCCGGUCCAGAACACCCACGAGUCCUUUGGAAGAACUAACCAGCCUCUUUACCUCGGGACGCAGCCUGCUGAGGAAGUCGUCGUCCAGCGGCCGGCGUUCUAAAGAGCCCGCAGAGAAAUCGACAGAGGAGCUGAAAGUCCGGAGCCACAGCACGGAGCCUAUACCAAAGUUGGACGGCAAAGAGAGAGGCCACCAUGGGGCAUCCUCCUCCAGAGAGCCUAUCAAAGCUCAGGAAUGGGAUGGAACACCUGGGCCACCUGUGGUCACAAGUAGAAUGGGAAGAUGCUCUGUGAGCCCCACCUUGUUAGCAGGAAACCACAGCUCAGAACCGAAAGCCAGCUGCAAGCUAGGCCGGUCCGCGUCCACGUCCGGCGUGCCCCCUCCAUCAGUCACUCCUCUCAGGCAAGCCGGUGACCUGCAACAGAGCCAGGUACCAUCAUCCUUAGCCAAUCGUGAUUGACUUCCUGUGAUGCGACACGCCAAAUGCUUUCCACCUCUGUCUGUCGUGUGUUGCUGUAACAGCGUUCGCAUUCGCUUUUGUUUUUCUCUGUGUGUAUGGGGUGGGUGGGGGAUGAGCUGUGGCAGUCUGUGUUUUCAUCCGAAAAGGAAAGUCCUUCUUCCCUGUGACUGGUGCAACUUUCUUUGCUGUUUGUUACCAAAUCGUUUUUUUUUUUUGUCUCUGAUUUGCAUCAUUCUGUAAUAUAAAUGUAGUAAACUUGUACUUCUAUGUAUUGGCUUAGUGGUUAUUUUUUAAAAUUCUUUCUCCCUUCCAUGUUUUGUGUACUUUUAUAC